ACACUCGUCGCCGCGCUCGCACCACUGGUUGUCAUGGCGAUGGAGUCAGCCUCGGCGUCGGCUCCAGGGGUUGUUGCCAUGGAGAUCCCGGUGCGAGGUGCACUCGAGGUGGUGGAGGAGGACGAGGGAUUCAGCGCGCCGCCGCCGCUGCUGCCGCCGGGGUCCGAGGAGCGACUACGGCACCGGCGCGGUGGAGGGAGACGGCGGAGGGGGGUUCCGUUCAACCGGGGCGGCUACUACAUGCUGAUAGUGAUCGGGGAGAUCGGCACAGAGCAUCAGCUGGAGACCGCCAGAGCGCAGAUAGAGCGCGGAAUCCGAUCCUGGGACGUCGACCUCCAGUGCUGCGACCUGAAUCAGCAGCUGCAGCUCUUUAUAACCCGUCACUCCGCCCACUUCUCUUCUGAGGUCAGAGGACAAAGGACGCUCCAUCACAGGAGUGAUGUCCUAGAGACUGUCGUUCUUGUCAACCCUGCAGAAGAAACUGUUGUAUUAGAGAUCCAGUCUCUAGUCACAGACUCAGCAGGACACAAACUUCUGGUCUUGAGUGGUCAGAGCUCAGAUCACGGGGGUCUUCUCCUUCAAACUGGAUUUUUCUCCUCCCAGACAUUUUCUCGUGUCUUUACUGAUCCUGGGGUCAGUGAAUUACUGGGCACAACAGCCCCCAAGCAGCAGGCUACACUUACUGUGUCCUGCCGCGGGGAGGUGGGCUGGAGCUCCCUGGGACACCAGCAGACCUUAAGGCAGUUCCUGGAGUACAAACUAAACCCUGAGUCUGUUCUCCCCAAGAUGGAGGGCGUUACCGAGUUCACAGAGUACAUCUCUGAGACCGUUGACGUCCCCUCACCUUUUGACCUUCUGGAGCCACCCACUUCAGGAGGCUUCCUGAAACUGUCCAAACCAUGUUGCUACAUCUUCCCUGGUGGACGAGGAGACUCUGCUCUCUUUGCUGUGAAUGGCUUCAACAUCUUAGUGGAUGGAGGCUCUGAGCGAAAAUCCUGCUUCUGGAAGCUUGUGCGUCACUUGGACCGCAUCGACUCAAUUCUACUUACGCACAUUGGCGCCGACAAUCUCCCUGGUAUCAAUGGGCUUCUUCAGAGGAAGAUAGCAGAACAGGAUGAGGAGCAGUCUCAGGGCUCCACCAACUACAGUGAUUGGAUGAAGAACCUGAUUUCCCCUGAACUGGGCGUGGUCUUUUUCAAUGUACCAGAGAAGCUUCGUAUGCCAGAGUCUAAUCUCAAAGUAAAACGCAGCAUUGAAGAGGCCUCACUAACGCUGCAGUACCUUAGCAAACUCGGAAUCAAACCAGAGCCUCUCUCUCGUGUAGUGAGCAACACUAUUGAGCCUAUUACACUGUUCCACAAAAUGGGAGUGGGCAGGUUAGACAUGUACAUUCUCAACCCGGUCAAAGACAGUAAAGAGAUGCAAUUUCUAAUGCAGAAAUGGGCUGGAAACAGCAAGGCCAAAACUGGUAUUGUGCUGCCCAAUGGGAAAGAAGGAGAAAUAUCUGUGCCCUAUCUGACAUCGAUUACAGCCUUAGUUGUCUGGCUUCCUGCCAGUCCGACAGAAAAGAUUGUCCGAGUUUUGUUUCCUGGAAACGCACCACAAAACAAGAUUCUGGAGGGGCUAGAAAAACUAAAGCAUCUUGACUUCUUGCGCUACCCUGUAGCCACACAAAAGGACAUUGCCUCAGGAGCACCUGCCUCUGUUAUAAAACAGACCAAGUUAAAACAAAGAACAGACAGCAAAGAGAGUCUUAAAUCCUCUCCAAAAACUACUGCAAAGGUGACAAAGAAAGAACCUGAAGGACAAGAGGAUGUGUCAGUUGCCACAGAGGCAAAGAGCGAGUCUGUGAAGGAAAAUAUUUCAGAGAAAAAAGAGAAAAAGACCACCAAGACGAUAAAAUCUAAAACUGAAGUUCCAGAAAAGAAAAAACUCUUGAAAGAAAAAUCUAUUAAAAAGCACUCCAAGGAAAGGGUAUCAAAAAUCGACGAGAAAAAGGAUAAGGAAAAGAAAGAACUCAAGAAGGUGAAGAAAGAUGACUCCGCAAAAAAAGACGAGAAGAAAGAUGCUAAAUCCAAAGAGGACAAGAAGAAGGACACAUCCAAACCUGAGCUGAGAAAAAUUACAAAGCCUGACCUGAAACCACUCACACCAGAAGUGAGAAAGACAUUACAUAAAGCUAAAGUGUCGACUAAAGCAAAAACUGGGAAAAUUAAAGGCACAAAGGCUGAACCUGCUGAACCCAAACCAGAGGAGCCAAAACCUGAAACAGUUCAACCUGAACCAAUACAAAAUGGAGCUGUUGAUGGAAUAUCUGUUCUCACCACACCUGAAGACCUCACCAAGGAUUUUGAAGAACUGAAAAAAAGUGAGGUUGUGACUGCGUCAGCAGAACCACCAGAUAGCAGUGAAGUGCCCUCUGAGCCAGCAGCACUAGAGAAGCAGGAAGCACAAGAAACAUCGUCUGAAAUUCCAGCUGACACAAAGUCUCCUGAAAAGGAAGCAUCAGCCCCACAAGUGGAAGCUGAAGUUGAAGACAAAGAAAAAGACUUGACACAAGAGAGAGAAUUAGAAGAGGCCCAGAAAUUUGAGGAUGAGGGAGCAGCAUCUCAGGAUGAAGAGGACGAAGAGGAAGAAGAAGUGGCCCCACCUGCCAGAGAGAGAACAGAGGAAGAGGAGGAAGAUAUGGGGAUAGGUGAAGAGGAAGAUGAAUCAAAAUGGAAGGAGAUGAAAGAGGAUGGGCUUGACAGAAAACACGAGAUAGAAGAAAUGGAGAAAUCCGGAAAUCUCUCAGCUAAGGUUGUGACUGAAGAGCAGCUGCCGUUGACUUCAUCUAAGGAGGAGCAAGAGGAAGGAGAAGAAGAAGAAGAGGUGGAAGACAAAGCUGAACUUGAAGAGGUGGAAGAUUUAGAUGUAAUAGCAGAUGAAGAGAUCAAAGUUAAACCUGAAGAUUCAGCUGACGAACAAAUGGUCACUGAAAGCAAAACUGCUGAAACCGUGAGCACGGCUAGAUAUGAGGAAGAAGAGGAGGAGGAAGGCUACCUGUCACAUGUUGGAGGGGCCACAGCUCCCAUAACUUCAGUGGCUCAAGGGGCUGCUGCAGCUGAACCCAUCUCCUACAUCCAGGAUGAAACCAUCCCUGGCUACCCAGAGACAGAACAGACCAUCUCAGAUGAGGAGAUUCAUGAAGAGGCAGAGGAGAGGAUACCACACCUCCAAUAUGAUGUUUGUGCCUAUGACAUCUCUGUUCCAGAUCAGACUGAAUCAUUUGUGAAUAUUCAUGGCAUGAGGGAGAUGCAAGCUGCAGCUAGUAGUGAGAAAGGGAUAAUUCCGGUUGUGCAAGAGCAAGUAUCUGUGUUCACAAACAUCAUGACUGCUCCCUUGGCAGAAGAGGAGCAUGUGUCUUCUGCAACGUCCAUCACAGAAUAUGACAAAGUGUCCUCCUUCCCUACCUCUAUUGCUGAAGAUCAAUCUGUGGCAUCUGUGGCUGUUCCUCAGGCGGAUGAAGCAUCCAAAACUGCUGUUCCCCUGUCAAGCUCACCUGAUGUUACACAAGGCAAAGAGCAGCCACUCUCUGCAGGAACUCUUUCACCACCUUCUUUAGAGGAUGACAAACAAACUAAGUCUCCAUCUGAUGACUUACAGCUUCCCCUUGGAGGAGUGACGACAGUGGCUCCUGUUGCAGAGGAGGAAGAAGAAGAGGAGGAGGAGGAAGAGGACCAAACUCCAAAUGUUGAAAUUUCACUUGAAAAACUCCAAGAGGGCUAUGCGCCAUCGCAAGUAUUUCAGAGUCAAGAGAGCGACAUUCACCAGCUUGCCGGCUCAGUGUCUCCGGUUUCAAAGUCCAUACAAGAUACCAAACCAGUCCACCUACCAAUUGAAGAGGAAAAUAUAGAUGCAGUUGCACCUAAAGAUAUUUCCUCUGUUGUGCCUACGAGACCUUUUGGAUCAGAUUCAGUAACAUCAGAGAGUGAGGAGCGUUGCUACAGUCCAGAUGAUAUCACUGUGAAAAUGGCCUCCCCUCCACAAUCUGGUCCAUCAAGUGCAGCUCACUCUCCACUUCGUCAGUCACCCACGGAGGACAAGAUGAAGGUCUUCCCUGAUUCGGAGUUGCAAAAGCAAGAGGAGCUGCCUCAUGUAGUUAAACCAACCGAAGACACAACUCAAAAGAAAGAGGAUGAAGCAAAAACUGAGACACAAAAAGAAGCCGACAAAGAGAAAACAGGUCAGCCUGAGUUAGAUGUUGUAACACCUUUUGAGAAAACAGACAUAAAAGACAUUCCAAUGAUGAAAGAGUCAGACAAAGUAAUUUCACCUGUGUCAAAAGAUGACAGAACACAGGAAGAAAUAAUCCCUGUUGUUGCCACAUCUUUAGCAGAAGUUCAGCCAGUCGUGUUAGAGAGGGAUUCCGUAAUUUCAUCUGGCCAACUGGAUGAAGAUGAUGGUUUUGGGCUCAAAGACAGAGAAUCUCAACUGCCUCUUCCUGGUAAAUUUAAAGAUGAUAAUGAAAACAAGAAAGAUGAUGACGAUCACGAUGAUACAUCUGCUAUUAAAACCAGCAAAGUGGAACACGAGAAAGAAAAGGAUGACACCUUUGAUGUCAAACAAAUUAAGGAUGAGCAUGAAGCCAAAUCUGUCAUCAAAGACGAUGUUUCCCCUGUUGAAUCAGCUCUGGAUGAAAAAGCUGAGAAACGGUCAGUAAAGGAUGAAAUCCCAGAUAUUGAAAGUGUCAAAGAAGAGCAACAUACAAAGGACACCGUCACUGUUGAUAUAGCUGUUAAAGAUGAACAAAAACACCCUGAAAAAGACCAGACGCCUGAAAGUACUAAAGAAGCAGAGGUUGAAAUUGUUUCUCCUGAGGCUGAACAAGCGAAAGAUGAGCAGAAACAAAAAGACACAAAAAGAGAUGAUGAAUUUGAUGUCAAAACCAAAGAUGAGGGAAAGGAGACAGAGUUAAAAAAAGAUGAUGUGUCUGUUAGUGGUAUUUUGAAAACGGAUAAAAUAGAGACAGAAAAGAUUGAUUCGUCUGAUUUUAGCUCAGUAAAGCCCCAAGAAAAGGAUACUGAUCAGGUCACUGAUAUCCAGCCUGUUAAAGACGAGAUUAAAGAAGAGGCAAAGGAUGAUAUACCCACUAUUUCACCUCCUGAAGAGGAAAAGCUAAAGCACACAGAAACAUCUGACAUCAAAGUGACUGAAGAUGAGAAAGAGAAAGGUGACAACACAGAAAUUAAACUCACCACAGAGGAAAUUAUUGUUAAGGAUGGCAUGUCUCCAGUUACCAUAGAAGCUGAAAAGGGACAAGAGAUUUGUAAAGAUACUAUUUCAAACAUCUGCCUCACCAAGGAGGAGGAUUUAACAAUGAGCAAAGGUGAGAGUCAUGCUGCCAAGUCAGUCGCAGAGCAAGAAAAAGAGAAAGAGACAAGUGAAGAUGAAACUGUCAAACUUUCUACAGAGCAGGAUAUAUCAGUGAGCAAGGUUGAUGUUGUGACCUUGAAACUUACAAUAGAAGAAGACAAGAAGGAUGACAUAAAUAAAGAUGAUACUUCUGCUAUUAAACUAAAAGAAGAGGCCAAAGAGGAGGAACAAGAUAAAAUUACAUGUAAGGAUGAUACAUCAGCUGUUGAACCCAUAGUUGGAGAGGAAAGUAAAGAUGAUGCCGGUGACGACAUACUUACCAAAACCAAGGAAGAGCCAGGGUUAUUAUGUCAAGAUAGUGGUGAUUUUCCUGCUUCACCAAUCAAGGUAGAAGCAAAAGAAGUCUGUGAGGAUGCUGUCAAACCUGUAAUGGAAGGAGAAAAGGGACAAGAAGCAAGUGAGGAUAAGGAUGACACGUCUGCUGUCAAACUGACUUCAAUGGAGGAAGAUGUAACAAUUUCCACUGUCAAGACAUCCGAGGACCAAGCAAGUUCAGGGGUUGACAUUUUUUCUGUUAAGCCCACCAUGCAGGACGAAAAGGUGAAAGAUGUCAGUGUAGACAUUUCUGCUGGCAAAUCAAUAGAAGAAGAAAGGAUGAAAGUAGUGGAUAAGGAGGAAAGCAGCACUGAAAAGGAUAAGGAAAUAUUUAAGAAAGAUUUGUCAGAUAUUAAACACUCCAUGGAGGAAGAAAGCAAAGACUCUGCUGGUGUACAGUCCAAGGAUGAGGAGACGAAGGUUGAAUUAAAGGAAGUCACAUCUGAUGUAAGACUCAUCAAGGAGGAGGCAAAAGAAACACAGAAAGAAGACGUCUCUGAUGCACAUGUUCAGGUUCAAGGAGAGCAGAAGGAAAAGGAUAUUGUUGAUACUCCUAUAAAAUCCUCUACAGAUGACAAAGCUGUGGAAAAAACUGACAUUGCUGCCGAACAAAUAAUAGAGGACACUAAAGAACAGGUGGAGGGUGACAUUUCUGACCACAAAGCAAUUUUGGGAGACCAUCAACUAAAAGGAACCGAAAUAGAUGAUAUGAAGAUUGAGAAAGUAACAGAAUCCACAGCUGAGAAGCCCCAGGAUGCAAAAGAGAAAGAUCCAUCUAAAACAGAAACCAUCAAGGAGGAAAUUAAAGAUGCAGACAAAAAGGAAAGUCAUGAAACUGAAUCCAAAAAACAGGAGACAGAGCUUUCAACAUUCAGCACCAUGGAUGAGGAAAGAGAGAAACAUGAUUUUCCAUUUGAGUCUGAACCAAAGAGGGAUGACAAAGAAAAGGUAGACCUCGCUAUGGGUCAAAUUUUGGAAGGUGAGGAGACUAAAAAGGAUAUUUGUGACAUAAGUGAACAACAUGUAUGUAAAGAAAUAUCUGAUGCACUUCCUGUCCAGUCAGAAAAAGUCACACUUGCUGCUGUAUCAGCAGAAGUGCAACAAGACACAUCUGUUUCUCCACAUCACAUUGAGGAGGAGAAAAACAAACAGGAAAAAGAAGCAAAAAUCACUAUUUCUCCAGAAGAGAAGAUGGAGAAAGAAAAGGAUGACACACAUGUUGCUGAACUUAGCAAAGAACAGAAAAUGGAAAAAGAACAAGAAAAAGAGUAUAGUUAUGAGACUGAAGAUAAAGAUGAAAAGACCAAAACAACAGAAGAAGACAAGAUGAUUAAGGAAGAGUAUGUUGGAGACACAAAGACGGAUAAGAUCACAGAGAAAGUAAAGUAUGACUCAUCUGAUGCGGAGCACACUAAAGAGGAGAAAUGGGAAAGAGAGGAAUUACAAGAGACAAAAACGGUCAAACAACCUACACAGACAAAAGCAGGGGAAGCAUCGGCAUCCAAGUCAGAUAUUAAACCUGCAUUUGUGGUUCAGUCCUCCGAUGAAGAAAGGGAAGAUGAAGAGGAGGAGGAGGAAGAGGACAUCUGUAUGGGAGGAGCAGGUUCCAGACCUUUGUCAGUGGAGCCAAUAAAAUCAGACCAUCAGACAUUCUCCUCUACAGGUGUGCCUUUAUCUGAAACAACACUGGAAAGUGUGCAAACUAAACCACUAACAUCAGAGCAGGCCACAGUCGUCAUUCCUACACUUACAAUGCAGAAGCCAUCUUUGGAUGAAAUAGUAAAGGAGUCUGACGAAUCCAGAAGUUCACUGAAGUCGGACGAAGCAAUUGUAAAAACAGAUACUGCUCCUCUUGCCAAACCAGAGCUCUCCUUUGAUAUCUCCACAAAGGAGGAGAUAACUUCUAUUCCAAAACAAGAUCCAGCUUCUCAUAUCCCAUCUGCUUCAGCAGAACCAGUGUCAGACUCAAAUGAGAAAAAGCCUACAUUGUCAACAUUAUCAAGCACAGACAGUCAACCCAGGAGCUGUACACUUUCAAGCACUGAGAGCCAGUCAAGCAUGGAGGAAAUGCCACAACAAGAGAGGAGUCCUGGAGUUAUUGCUUCAGAAAAGACAAAGCCACCUGAGAAACCAGGGAAGGAAGCAGAAAGGGAGAUGGAAGGAGAAAGAGAGGCAGCUUCUCCGGGAUUUUUACAGCCUUGUUCUUAUUUUAUGUUAGGCAGAGAGGAUCCUGAAGAUACUGCGCACACUGAUGCAAUAAAGUUAGAUACUGCCAAAAUUGAGAGUGGUGAAAAAAUAACGUCAGAGCAGGUGAUUGUCAGUGGGAGCCUACCAGAUGAGAAGCAAACAUUUGGUGCAUCCAAGUAUGAUCCGUAUGAAAAGCCCAUCCCAAAACAUCUCGACUUGGACUCCAGAGAAGAGAGUGAAGUUUCUUUAGGUUUUGAUCAUGACACAGACAUUGAUGUUGAUGACAACAGAAGAACAAGCCAGGCAGAGGCAGGAGGGGCAAUGUUCCUUCUGGAUGAUCAGUACAAAGAAGAGCCCUUGUCCUUCAGCAGAGUCGACUACAGCCCUGUGUCCCUCACAGAGAGUGAAAGGAGCAGCCACCAUAGUCAAAGCACCUCGCCUAGAUGCGAAGACAGAGAAAAAGGCCAAGAGGAGGAGAGAGAAAGAGAGGAAAGACCAGAUACAACUCAUGUUCACAAGAGCUUUUCUUCCAUUGACAUGCAUGACAACAAAAUGUCCCAAGCUGCUGAGUCUGAUUCUUUUACUUCCAAAGAGGACAAACCUGAGAGAUCAGAGAAAGAGAAAGAGGAUAUGAAGGAAGGUGAUGCAGCAGCGCUUCACCCUGGGAUGAUGAGGGAAGAAAUUGCCACCACAGCUGCUCAAUCACCAGGCACGACUUCAAGACAAGACAUGCCAUCUCCACCAUGGAGCCAAUCAGAUCUUGGUGUACAAGCUUCAGCUCCUCCUGUACAUUUUGGAGAAUUUACAGAGAGAAAAAUCUCAGAAAAAGAGAAGGAAAAAUUUGCUGAGUCACUAAAAGAUUCUGAUCAUGAAAGAGAAUUCUUGUCGUCUGGUCGCCACUCACCUGCAGAAAAAGACAUUUUACCUCCCCUGCCGUCCCCUGAACAAAAAAUAGAAUCAUCAGCUGACCUGAACGCUGCCACGGCUGUCACAUUUGGAGGACAUGAAAUAGAUGAUAAUGUCCUUGCCUCUGAUAAUAGUCAAAUCAACAGCUCUGCCACUUGUAGAGCCAUGCCAGACUUUCCUGUAGGAAAGGCAAGCCUGAUAGAUAAAAGGUUACUUGUAGAAGGGGAAGAUUUCAGUGUUGACGAUGAUGAUGAUGAGGAUGAUGACGACGAAGAGGAGGAAGAGGAGGAAGAAGAGGAGGAGUUAAGUGAUGUAGAUAUGGAAAAGGGUGCAAGAGAGCAGUCUGAAAAAGAAAUAUGCAGGCUUAGUCCUGAUGAUAGUGGCAAGUUGGCAGAGAUUGAGGACUCAAAUAAGAAAUCUCAAUUGCCCGAAUCAAGCGAACAAACACCCGAUGGUGCCUCAGCUUCUAAAAUCACAGAGACAGACAAGCAGGACACUGGUAGAAAAUCCCAGUCUCCUGACAUGAAACCACUCAAAGAAGAGGAUAGCACCGGUGAUACAGCUACAUCCAAACCAAACGUCAGCGAAUUAAUUCCAUCAACAGGUCCCAGUGUUCACAAAGUGGACGAAGUCUCUGUUGCCCCACCUGAUACAUCAAAACUAAAUGAAACAAAGAUAGAAGAUGACACAGACAAAAAACAUUUCCCCCCUGAAACAGCCACAGAGGCCAGGUUGUCAUUGACAGAGGAUGUAACCUCCCCUGAAGUUACAGAGUCACAUAAAGUUGAUGAAGAAAAGCUAUCUCCAUCUGCAACCUUUUUGCAAAAAGAAACUUGCCAAUCAAAGCCCACAAGCUGUUUCACAGGCAGCCCUUCACCACCUGAUCGUCCAGAGCCCAAGCCUGCAUCUAGUCCCUCCCCUCCACUAACAGGAAGCUAUGCUGAUAUCAGGCUGAGUGGAUUCAGAGAUUAUUCUGAGCAUUUGUACAGUGAACACAGUGAAGAACUGAUGGAAGAUAAGAAAGAGACCCCUGUGAUCUCAGAUGCGUCCCAUCUCUCCAAGUUUAGUGAUGAUAGAUAUUACACCCAAGGAGGUGUCAAGGAAGAACGUGAACAUAUCACCCCUGAUUUCACUGCAAAACAUGAGGAGACUCGGUCAUCAUCUUGCACAUACAGCACAUCAACAUACUCUGCAACAACAUUCUCCUCCACAUCAUAUAGUUACUCAUCCUCAGCCUCAACCUCUGGCCCUUUGAGCCAACAGUCUGGAGACCAAGUUGAAACGUUGACAACAGAAACAACGUCUGGCGCACCUCUCGUCAAAGAGGAGUUAUCUUUUAUGAAACCUUCUACGAGCUCCUGCUUUGGAGGAUUUCAGAGAGAGGAGUACAUGGAGGUGACAACAAAACCUCCAACAAAAGUGUCUACACUUAGUCAGUUUGGGGAGACGAAGCCAUCCUCUCCAGCCCUGUCUACCACUGCCAAGGAGACUGAGGAUCAAACACACUCCGCUAAGCCUGAAAUUGACACAAAGUUAAGCACUGACAGUUUUUAUAUGCUAGAAGCGGAGAUAUCAACAUCUGCUACAGCUCCAUCUCUACAACAAACUGAGGCUUGCUUUGAUGUCUCUCCCCUCCAAAGGGCUGACCCCUCUGACAGGGGGUCCCAAGGAUCAGCAGAAGAUAAGGAGCAGGAUACACUUGAAAUGGAGGACAGCACCCUACCAUGUCGUAUUGAAUGUCAAAAAAUAUCUGAGCAAAAAGAGACUGUUUCAUCAAAAACUGAGUCAUGUGUGGUAAAAGGUACCGUGUAUGCCACUGAGACAACGACUGUCACAAUCACCUCUACCACUCUUAUGUCUCAAUCUGACAUGGUGUCGCAAACAAGUCAACAGACAGCCUCAUUUACUCCACUAAGUGACAGUGGAGCUAGCAAAACCUCAUGUGCCAUAACGGACAUGCUUAAAACAGAAGAGGGUAAAGAGAAAAGUGACGAAACGUCAGAGGCAAAAGAAGAAAAGACAAAUGGAGCAAUUGCAUUUUUUAGGGAAGACGCUAAGUUGGCAGAAAAAGAAGCGUGUGAAAAGGAUCAAAAGACCGAAGACACUGAAGUCAAGCAGAAAACAGAAGAAAAGAAACUAGAUGACAAAACACUUCAAGAUAUUUCAGAUAAGAAAUCUACAGCUGAUCCAGAGAUGAGUGAAAAGGCAGAAGUUGACAAGGGAAGAGAGGAAAAAAGUGUGGAGGGGAAAAGUCUACUCCUGGAUAAGCAAUCAGAGAGAUUAGAAUUGAGGAGGAAGAGCAGUUUAUCCGAUUGGGAGCUACUACAUAAACCCGAUGACUGCCCAAGUGCCCCUCCUCCAGGUUAUGGUGAUAAUGAGGAGAAAGAAGAGGCGAUAGAAUGGAUGGCCAGUGGUCAUGGUCCUAUGUCCUCUUCAAAACAUACCCAUCACAAAGAAACAUUUAGUGAAGGGAAUGUAAGGACUGAUCGUCCCUCAGACUUGAACACCGGUGCCACCUCCCAUCCAGGUUACUCCUCAAGUGAAUAUAAACAUCACAAAGGAGAACUCUCUCCAUCAUUCAUCAACCCCAGUCCUCAUCAGCUCUCCAGUGAUGAAGGUGAGGAGGAGCAGGAGGAGGACCACAGUGACCACUUCCCAGAGGGAGAUGAGGAUGAUCAGGAGCAGCACUCUGUGAAAAGGAGGUCGCACAAGGAGAGGCACCACCACACUCAGAGUCACCAAGGAGACACUGGACAGGGGCCACAACCACCUUCUGGGGCAAUGUCAUCUGGUUUAGCUGUGACCUUAGCUGGAGAGGAGACACCUCCAACAUCAGUGAGUGAGUCUUUGCCAUCAGAGUCAGACUCUGAUGUCCCUCCAGAAACUGAGGAGUGUCCAUCCAUAACAGCUGAAGGGAACCUGGACUCAGAUGAAGAUGCUGAACAUCUGCCAGUGGACAAAUUAUCUGCGGGUGGAGCUGGAGGUGGCCGCCAUCCGCCAUCACCAAGAUCAUCUCAAAGGACUCACGAUCCCCUCCCUACUCCAAUGAAGGACCCACUUCCUCAUCCUCCCCACCCAGAUGUGUGCAUGGUAGAUCCAGAGGCUCUUCUCAAUGACCACAGCAGCACAGAAAAACUUCUCAAAAAGGAGCACAAGACCACCAAGGGCCUCAGGAAGAGCAAACCCAAGUCAGCCUCUCCCGCUCGCAAGGGAGAAGUCAGGAAGAGGUCCUCUACACCAGUGAAGCAAACUAAGGAUUCUGCCUCACCACGAUCAGCCUCACUCAAGAGGAAGGACACAGAGAGAAGCUCCAGGCUGAUCAAGAUGUCUGAGAGUCAGGGCUCCAGGAGUGAGAUCCUUAAUCCAGGGAAAGGCUUGGUCAACGGUGUGAAGAGCAGUUCAGCGAACAACUCACAAAAAACAAGUCAGGCCGUGCCCCCUGGACCCCCUGUCUACGUGGACCUAGCCUACGUGCCCAACCACUGCAGUGCCAAGAAUGUGGACCAGGAAUUCUUUAAGAGAGUCCGGGCUGCGUACUAUGUUGUGAGCGGGAACGAGCCAGGUGGUGGAGAGCCCAGCCGUGGAGUCCUGGACGCCCUGCUGGAGGGCAAAUCUCAGUGGGGCUCCAACUUACAGGUGACUCUGAUCCCGACCCAUGACACGGAGGUGACGCGGGAGUGGUACCAGCAGACCCACGAGAGGCAGCAGGACCUGAACAUCAUGGUUCUGGCCUCCAGCAGCACUGUGGUCAUGCAGGACGAGUCUUUCCCUGCCUGCAAGAUUGAGUUCUAAGCUUCAUGAGCCCACCACCUGCGUUCCCCACACCCCACACCCACCCCCAUUAGCUGCUUACAAAGGGAAAUGGAGCGAGAGCAAACAGCACGUUCUGCUUCUUCAGCGCUUCUUCAUCCUGUGCUACUCACAAAACAACAUUUGCUGCAGCCCUCAGUACUAAAUUAUGUUAAAUGAAAUCAAAUCUCAGUGUUUAAGCUUUUUGUGACAGUAAGGUAAUCAAGAUACUUUACAUCCUUUUUUUUUUUUUUAAGGUUUGCUUUCUUCAGCCAGUUAAAUGCCUGCCCUAACAUGCUCUGGAUAGAAACACUAACAAAAAAUCAAACUCAGUCACACCUGACAGCUUCCUUUGCUUGAUAUCAUACAGACAAAUCCCACGGCUCUUGCACUUUGGCACAAUUCAAAAUUUGAAAUACUCCCAAGUGGCAAAUUUCUCAUUCAAAAGGCCAAACUUGUGGCAACAAAUGAAUUCACAUGAAUUCUUGUUGAACGCUCCAAAAAAACUAUCUCUCCAGCAUCUCCAGCAAUCAAUAGUUUCUUCAGAUUCCGAUGCGCAGAACUCAUCCUUUGCAAAUCACACUAACAUUAGUGUUUGGACUCACUCAAUAGUGACAUAAAGUGAUGUUGAAUACAAAAACAGAAAACACAACAAAAAAAAAUAAACUAAAAAUAAUCCUUGUCAUUUGUGGUGAAGUUUUAGGAGGUUGCCUGAAGUUUCCACUCUUUGAAAUCUUUCUUCUCGGCUUUCACAGUUUUUGCUGGUGCAUGAUGCUUGUGUUUUAGCUUGGACUCUUUCACAGAGAAAUGCGUAGGGUUACUCUUUAAUUUAGCCAGCUUUCAAGUGUGGAAUGCAGUAUAGUGUAGAUAGGUCACUACACUGUUUCGGCCGUCGAUGCUCCAGUGAAUUCAAUAGGCGGCAGGCAAAAGGACAAUGUCUUUACACCAGUCAUAUCUCUGCUGGACGUGAUCUUUCUUCUCUGUCACGGUCUUUGUUAGUUAUAUGUGAUCCAGUAUUCAUAUACACGUGUCUGUAUCAAUUCAGAGGUUUUUUUCUUUUGUGAUGAUGAAAGCAAACGAUGACUCUGAGGUGAUCCUGUAUUUGCGAAAGGUUUCAUCAAUACUUCUACUGUCAUUUCCUCCUGUUCACCCACAUUUUGUCGUCUCCAUCGAUUUCAGAAAGGGACACAAGAAGUAGUAACUUGUGGCAAAUGUAGCAAAGAAAGUUUGUCUGUUCAUCCCCGUUCGGAGGGGAAUGAUAUGCCAGUACAUGCAGUAGUUUACUGCGCACAUUUGGGGUGUUUUCAGGACAAUUAAAUGUGAUAAAUGUGUUACAAGAGGCUUCGUUCAUGUGCCUUUAGCUUGUGGCAAAACACUUCAGAGACAUUUCAAAGCAGACAAAUCAAGUACAUAAACCAACGAUCCACACCCAGGACACUGAAGACGUUUGGACACUCGCUGUUGUCCGAACCGAUGAAACAAUUUCAAAGCUGUCAAAUCCAACUAGUGUCACUCUUGUAAACUUCCAAACAAAUAUGAAUGUCUUCACCGAACAGGAGAGCACUUUUCCGAGGUAGGAGUUCAGAAGUGAAAUGUCUGCUUCUAGUUGAAGCACAGAGAGUUAGUGUCGCAGCUGAAAACAACUCCUCACUGUAAUAUAACAUAGCGAACGAGACGCUCCUCGAAAACUUGAGGGACAAUAUAUUUAAUAUGAAGCGAUGAUCUAAUAUUAAUCCCAGAGUAAUAUUUAUAGAAUGAGCAUGAAUGUGAUGAUUAUGAUUGCACCGGGCGCAGUUAUGAAGAAGGAAUGUGUUCUAAGUGGUUAUAUGUGUGUGUGAGAGACUAUACGAUACACACGGUGUGUAGCUGUUUUUAUUGCGCUUACAGCAUGGUUCCGUUUCUGUUGGUUCCAGGUUAUGUGGCGAGUGGGUUCUUCAGUGGGUUCAGUGUGAAAGGUCUUUCUGCUUGUUCACAGGCGGACUCCAGAGUAACUUAUAGACACUCACUUUAAAUUUACCUGAGGCCAAGUUUUCGCAAGAACGAUUAUAAUUUUCUUACACAUUUUUGCUGAGAAGCAGGUGGACCUUUUUUUGUUUUGUUUUGUAUUUGUAGACAGAUUUGAGGCUCGAGGACAGGUCAGACAGGGUCAGACAGGGUCAGACAGGGUCAGACAGGGCAGGUUUGAAAUCCCAUGUUUGAAUCCAGCAUUUUCCGAUGUUACCAACUAAAAUUAGGGAGGCUCCUCUGCUCGCACAGUUCAACUUCUCCCAGUUCUUGAUUUAAAGAACCUCCUUCAGAAGGCUAAAACAUCUUGUUUACUCAUGUUAGCUGGGACCAGUGCCAAUUUGUUUAGCUGACUUUUUACCGCAUCAUGCUGCUGCUCUGCUCGGCCAACCUUUCCUUGCAAAUCAAUACUGGCCCAUUAUGCACUGUGUAUGCCUUGAUAUGCAGCUCAAUAUUUAUUUUAUAGGCAAAUAUAGCUUCUUCUUCUUCUUUUUUUGAAUCCCAUUGUAUAUUGAAUGUUUGUACAUUAAAGUACACACGCCCUACUCUGGAAGGAGUUGAUUAAUUAAAGACCUGUACAAUUUCAAAAUGGUUCCCGCAUUUCACUUUACAACUAAAUUUUAUAAGAACCGAUCAAGCAAAAAGGCCUUCUCACCUCGUCUGCAAUGCUGUAUGGAAAUGUAUCCAAACCAGGAAGAAGCCUUUUAAUGUAUGGAUCUGACAUUGUGGAUGCUCGGACUUAGUAGUUUUGUCUUUCGGUGAUGUUUUUAAGUUGGCAGAUUCCAAAUACCCAGUCUUGAGAUGCUGAAGGCAUUAGCAGAACGCUGUGAUUCACUCAACACUGAACUGUAUGACUAUACAGAAGCUGAAUGCACUAUAAAGGAGAUCUAUUUUUCUGAAUGUAGAGUUGGUACUAUUUAAUGAAUGCUGCUGGAUCAAAACAAUAGAGGAAAAAAAAUGAAUAAAAACAAAGAAAAAAACAUUUACACUAGCACAGACAGAAACACACUUUAACAGAGAUGCCAUAACAGGAACACACGAAAAAAUAAAACUGCAGCUGAAACCGUUUCCUUUUCCUGAAUAUGACUUGAAACACAUGCAAACUCAAAAAAAAAAAAAAAAACAUCAAUAAAAUUAAACAAAUCUUUCGUGUACACUUAAUGUACUGUACACGGCGUUCUGGAAAGUACACACGCAAACUAAAUAAACAACUAUCCAUCCUGUGAAACAUGUUCAUUUUAAGCAGAUUUUAGUGACAGUAAGGUUAACAUCGCUUACCGAUAAACACGCAACGCUGACAAGAUAUGGAAAGAAAAAAAAGUGCAUCCUUCACUUCGAUUUCAUCCUCCAUAUCUGCAUUAAAACUGAAGCAUCAUUUGAUCACAAUAUGGUGUCAUCUCUCCAUCUAAUCUCUGCAUGUGAUUUAUUUAGUUAUAAUCCUGAAUGUAAUUGUUUAACAUGGAAAUAAUAAUAAAACAUAUAAUGCUAUUUUAAAGAGGUAUAUUUGAGGAAAAAAAAAAAGCUACUUGUCUUAACUGGUACUGUAAUGACCUACAUUAAUAUAAUACUGGGCUGUGCUUUCAUUGUUUGCCCUAUUAACAUGUUGUUAAGAAGACGCUGUAUUGGUAGUUCUGUUUUAUUCUCAACACUCUCUGUUUUUUGCAUUGUAUUAAUCUUAGUUAAUGUUUUUCUUUCUCGGUGCAAUAUUCAAUAUCUCUCUGUCUCUCUCUCUCUUAAACUAGAACUACUGCAGAUUCAUUGUAAAAGGGAAACAGCCUGGUGAUCAUCAAUUAAAGUACAUUUAAAUCUAGAA